AUGCCCCUCUACUCUAAGUUCAUGAAAGACAUCAUCACUAAGAAGGGGAAAUAUAUAGAUAGCGAGAACAUUGUAGUAGGAGGCAACUGUAGCGCAAUCAUUCAAAGGAAGCUACCUAAAAAGUUCAAGGACCCCGGAAGCGUUACCAUCCCAUGCACUAUAGGAAAAGAAGCGGUAGAUAAAGCCCUCAUUGAUCUAGGGACAAGCAUCAACUUGAUGCCCUUAUCAAUGUGUCGACGAAUUGGGAAUCUGAAAAUUGAUCCCACUAAGAUGACACUUCAAUUGGCAGACCGCUCAAUUACAAGACCAUACGGGGUGGUAGAAGAUGUCCUGGUCAAGGUUCGCCACUUCACUUUUCCGGUGGACUUUGUUAUCAUGGAUAUCGAUGAGGACACAAAGAUUCCCCUUAUCUUAGGUAGACCCUUCAUGUUGACUGCCAACUGUGUGGUAGAUAUGGGGAACAGAAGCUUGGAACUGAGUAUUGACAAUCAGAAGAUAACUUUUGACCUUUUUAAAGCAAUGAAGUAUCCACGGGAAGGUUGGAAGUGCUUCAAGAUAGAAGAGAUUGACAAGGACGAUAAUGUUAGUAUUCUGGAUACACCACACACUUCACUGGAGAAAGCAAUAGUAAAUAAGAUGGACUGUCUCACCAGUGAAGAAGAAGAGGAUCUCAAGGCUUGCUUGGAAGACUUGGAUCGACAAGAAGUCAUUCCUGAGAAAGAAGCUUGUUUUGAGAUAUUAGAGAAUGAGGCUCUGCCCGAGAAAAAGAAGGUUGAAUUAAGGUAUUGUCUAAACAUUUAA